CAGGUCCUGUAAGCACGCGGCUCCUCCACAGAUACAGGUAGGUGGGUUCGGUCACCAUCAGGAUUAUUGGGGAUGUUUAUUAUUAACCCUUACUGACGCAGUAUACAUGUAUGUCCAGUGCCAGCUAAUGACGGUCAUCAACACGAAUCCAGUAGAUCCUGCGAUCAAAGAUCAAAAUAAUCUCGGGGUCCCGAUCAGCUGACACAACCGCUAGAGAGGUUCCUAUAAGGUGUCAGGACGUGGCGGUCUAUUUCUCCAUGGAGGAGUGGGAGUAUGUAGAAGGACACAAGGAUCAGUAUAAGGAUCAGGUCAUGAUGGAGGAUCAGCAGCCCCUCACAUCAGCAGUCAGAUCCAGUAAGAGAACAGCACCAGAGAGGUGUCCCCGUCCUCUUGAUGAACAGAAUAUGGAGGACAUUACUACAGGGAAAGAUCUGAUCUCUAUUAAUGCUACAGACAUAAAGGAAGAAGAAGAGACAGAUGUGAGCGGUAAUGAGCAGUAUAAGGAGGACAUUCCUACAGGGAAAGAUCAGAACAAUAUUAAUGCUACAGACAUAAAGGAAGAAGAAGAGACAGAUGUGAGCAGUGAUAAGCAGUAUAAGGAGAACAUUCCUACAGAGAAAGAUCUGAUCUAUAAUAAAGCUACAGACAUAAAGGAAGAAGAAGUGACAGAUGUGAGCAGUGAUGAGCAGUAUAAGGAGAACAUUCGUAAAGGGAAAGAUCUGAUCCAUAUUAAUGCUACAGACAUCAAAGAAGAAGAAACAGAUGUGGGCGGUGAUGAGCAGUAUAAGGAGGACAUUUCCACAGAGAAAGAUCUGAUCAAUAUUAAUGCUCCAGACAUAAUAGUAAAAGUAGAAGAGACAGAUGUGAGCGGUGAUGAGCAGUGUAAGGAGGACAUUUCCACAGAGAAAGAUCUGAUCAAUAUUAAUGCUCCAGACAUAAUAGUAAAAGUAGAAGAAGAGACAGAUGUGAGCGGUGAUGAGCAGUAUAAGGAGGACAUUCCUACAGAGAAAGAUCUGAUCUGUAUUAAUGCUCCAGACAUAAUAGUAAAAGUGGAAGAAGAGACAGAUGUGAGCGGUGAUGAGCAGUGUAAGGAGGACAUUUCUACAGGUAACCACCCUGAUUCUUGUACCAGGAGAUCAGAGGAGAAUCUUAUAUCUUCAGAUUAUAAAGCAGAUGAUGAUAUCACACAAGAUACAUAUGAAGAACAUUCCAUUAUCCCAGAUACACCCUCAGCCCUUCACAGCCAAGAUCUGUCAUCUCCUCCUUAUAUACAGGUCCUGUCUUCUCAGUCAUCACAGGAUGUUCAGCAAAAUAAAAGCCACAGAAGGGGUGUUGGACAUGUAAGAGAUCAUACAGGAAAGAAACCAUAUUCAUGCUCAGAAUGUGGGAAAUGUUUUACUGAGAAAUCAAUUCUUGUUCAACAUCAAAGAUCUCACACAGGAGAGAAGCCAUUUUCAUGCUCAGAAUGUGGAAAAUGUUUUACUUACAAAUCAAAUCUUGUUCAACAUCAAAGAAUUCACACAGGGGACAAGCCAUUUUCAUGCUCAGAAUGUGGAAAAUGUUUUACUUACAAAUCAAAUCUUCUUCAACAUCAAAGAACUCACACGGGAGAAAAGCCAUUUUCAUGUACAGAAUGUGAGAAAUGUUUUAGUGAGAAACCACAGCUUGUUAUACAUCAAAGAAUUCACACAGGGGAAAAGCCAUUUUCAUGUUCAGAAUGUAGAAAGUGUUUUACUGACAAAUCAAGUGUUCUUAGACAUCAAAGAACUCACACAGGGGAGAAGCCAUUUUCAUGUGUAGAAUGUGGGAAAUGUUUUAAUAACAAAUCAUAUCUUGUUCACCAUUACAGAACUCACACAGGGGAAAAGCCAUUUUCAUGUUCAGAAUGUAGGAAAUGUUUUACUGAGAAAGCAACACUUAAAAAACAUCUAAGAAUUCACACAGGAGAGAAGCCAUUUCAGAGCAAUAAAUGAUGCAGAUAACACAUCUAUAUAUUCACCAUGUACAUAGGAUAUCUGACAUUUAUACAUAUAUCAUAUACUGCAUCUCCAAACUUGUUACCAAUUGUUAAUAAAA